AUAGGAUAAGAGAAAAUAAAUACAUAACAAUUUCAAUGAUACGUAAUAAAUAAUGACACAUAAUAAUAAUACAUAAGUCUAUUCCUGUGGGGGAGGAGUGAUCUGCUCAUUCUAUCAGUGGAGCAGGACAGUGAUAGUAAUCCGCCACUGAAACUGAUCUUCUGUGGGGGGAUGAUGCUGUGCUUGCAUGAUGCUGGUUGUCCAUGAUGGAAAGGAGCCUCCUCCGCGUCCUUUGCCCUGCCACAGAUGCCAGGCUGUCCAGCUCGGUGCCAGUGACCGAGCCUUUCUGUUGUGUCAAUGCUCAGUUCAGUUUCUAUCACAAAGUGAAUCUUGUCCUCCAGGAUGUUUGCCCAACAGUGGCAAAUGCAUCUGCAUUAUCCAGGUUAUUUACAAAAUGAAAAUUGAUAGUACAUAAUAUCAUCACCGCAAUGUUGAAUCUGAAGCCUCUUUAACACAACAAUCUUGCAAAAUUGCCAUCAAAGCACUAACAAAAGACCUGGCGUUCAUCCACCUUUGCCUUUUAGGCAGAACCCAGUGAGUUCCCUUACUUGCAAGUGUCCUGCAUCUGCUAUGGGUCUGAUACAACAUUGGAAGGCAGGAAAUUGCUAGGAUUUUCCAACAUAAGUCGGGGAAGGCUUGCUUUUAUACAGGCAGUGUAAAAUGGGCUUUGAAUAAUGCUAUUUAGGCUGUUAUGUGUAUGCUGAUUUUCAAUCGAGAUCAAAAACGUAUGGGCACACUUCAAAUAGAUUUGUGGAAAAAAGUAUCAAUCCGAUACUGAUACUAUCGGUAUUUGGGUCGAGCUGAGGAAAGGCAGUGAAGGAGACUGAAGUCUGCCAAAUGCUUUCCAAAUAACCAAUUCAUUGCCGAUGUAGUGUUGGUGCAACAAAAUAAACCUAAAACAACCUGGGGGCUAAUCUCCCCCUGUCUUGUGUGAUGAAACGUAUAGAUUCCCUUACAUGGUGAAUUGCCCCUUUGGAAGGUUUGCUCCUCCUCCCGUAAAGAUGACAUAAAACAGGCUGCGUCCUCCCCCACCACCGCUUCCCCUGGAGAUGCUCAACACACUAGUGCGCUUUUUCUUCUAGUUUGUAUGGAUGACGUCAACACUCACCUGUAAUGUGCCGCUAUGGAGCGCUUGAGUGACAACCUUACGAGUAACACCUCUCAGGCCGAUGUGCACCCUGAGGACGAUCCGCGGGACGAGCGCUUGGCGCAGGUGGAGGUCGCUCUCCUCUCCGUCAUCUUCACCACGGCCGGGAUCCUCAACUUUGGGCUCUUGCUGAUGCUGUGGAAGAGGAGGAAGCAGCUCUCCAGGAUGCGCGUCUUCGUCUUCCACCUGUGCGUCGCCGAUUUGGUGGUGACGUUUUUCCAAGUUUGUCCGCAGCUGAUGUGGGACAUCACGGACCGCUUCGUGGGUCCAGACGUGUUGUGUCGCGCAGUAAAGUACCUGCAGGUGGUUGGCAUGUUCGCCUCCACGUACAUGAUCGUAGUGAUGACCAUCGAUCGUUAUCAAGCCAUCUGCCACCCUAUGGUCACCUUCCAGAGGCACAGGGCGCGCUGGAACGCUCCUGUGUGCGCCGCCUGGUGCACCUCCUUGCUGGGUGGCAUCCCGCAGGUGUUCAUCUUCUCCCGCGUCGAGGUAGCCCCCGGGGUGUACGAUUGUUGGGCCAGGUUCAUCCCGCCUUGGGGCUUGAGAGCCUACGUGACGUGGACCUCUCUGGUCAUCUACGUCUUGCCGGUUCUCGCUGUGAUCGUGUGCCAAGUGCGCAUUUGUCGCGCCGUCUACUCCAACCUGCACUUCAAGUCGCACCAUGCCCGGGGGCAAUCGGCCAGUAGGGCCUGCAGCGGGGCGGGAAUGUCCAAAGCCAGGGCGAAGACGGUGAAGAUGACCUUGGUCAUUGUGCUCACCUACAUCAUCUGCUGGACGCCUUUCUUCACCGUGCAGCUGUGGUCCGUGUGGGACCAGGAGGCACCCGUGCAAACUGCAACCUUCACCAUCCUGAUGCUGCUGGCCAGUCUGAACAGCUGUGCAAACCCUUGCAUCUACCUGAUGUUCAGCGGCAAGUUCCCCAGGAGGCUUGCGGACGUGGUGUGCCGAGGCAGGGCUAAUCUGCAGGAGUCGAUGCAAGAGGAAGCCACUGUGGUCAGCUCCCUGUUCACCAACCUCAAGAACCAGUCAGAAGCGAAACAUUUACCCGCCCUGAGACCGCUUCAUGGCGUCAUAACGGGGACAGGGCAGGAGACGUCUUAACCCACAAGACUGUGGAUGUCCUUGAGUCAUUCCUUUCCAGCAGGGGUGUCUGCACUUUUUCCAGCGGCACCACUUUGGAAUUUUUACAUUUGUAAAAAGGCUGUGCUAUUAAUAGUCAUUACCAACAUUUCACUCUUUUCUCUUUACAUGAUGCCUUUUUUGUUCUAUCUGCAAUGUGCCACGGGUUCAUUAAAAUGAGCCGUCUGCCACAAAUGGCCCCUGCGACGCACUUUGGACACCUGCAUUCUAAUAAUGUGUGAUACAGUAUCACUGAUUUCCUUUCCGAUUCGAUGCUGAGUAAAAAUUCAGAAUGGUAUCGGUAUUACCAAUGUGAUAUCGAUACUUUCUGUCGGGUAAAUUAAAAAAAGUAGUGUAUUUCAAAUCUAAAAUUGUAUUUUAAACAAAAAAGAAAAGUAAAAUAAAACAAUAAAACCAUUCAAAUAAAAGAGGAAUUAUUAGGAACCACUAUAAAAAUGAAAACUAAUUCACAUAAGAUGCCAUUUACGGUCCGCUGUCGGCCGCUGAGCUGACGCAUUAUACACGUUCCCGCGGAAGAAGAAGUAGUCCCAACAACCGCCUAUUUAGACAAGAUCUCAAUAAUGUACUUUCCGCUGUGUUCCUCUUUAUUAUAUACAUACAUGACUGAAGUGACAAAGAAUAGAUAUUUUGAUUUGGAGAAUGGAGUUAAGAGCAUAAAUCGCUGGUAUAGGAGGUAUUGAUAUUUCAGUAUCAAUCCGCACGUCACUGCUGCAUUCCCCAAGCUAGCUCAUUCCCUAAACGCGGUUUUAAACUCAUUUAUCAAUUUUAAUGCUAUAACGACGUGUCAAAUAUUACAAUUCUACUGUUAUUUAUAUAUUUCUUGAAUUAAUUCAUAUAAAAUAAGCUACCAUAAUGUGGGUUUUAGCCAUAAAAUUACUAUGAAAAGCCUGACGUCACGUGACGGAUAUGCAACACAGCAAAAACGUCAGUAAGCCACUCAGUCACUGUUUCAAUUAUUUAAAAUAAAUAUGUAUUAUUUGGUUCAGUUCAAAGUACAUUUGCGGUCUUAAGCACAACAAACCUGUGGAGCUUUUGAAAUAAGGAUGCAUUACCCAAUGUAACAAACAUGGAACAUCACUUAAACACCACUUUUUAAAUAAAGCAUGUGUUCCACGUGGAUGAGAGGCUGAAACGAUGAAACACUUUGCAGUUUUGACCUGAGAACGUUUCGGAGUGGACAGCCCCGUAGUCUGGGGAGGUUCUUUGGGGGUUGGAGGAACUUUGCCAUCGAGAAGCAGACUUACGUCUCGCCAACAACAAAAUGCAAUGAAAUAAAAUCCAGUUAUGCAGUUACAAAUACAGUUUUUGCAAAGAUACAGUCAUAAUCAGUUCAGCUCAGUCAUGAGUGGUUGUUUUGGAUCGCUAGCGACGUUAAUUAUUGUGGUUGUUUUGUGCCACGUGGUGUAGGUAAAAUCGUAGUGCUUUUUAAAGAUCUCCCUAAAUGGAUGUCAUUUGUGCAGGCGUAAUGUGUCGUUAUCAUUACGUCAACGAGACACAGCACAUCAGUCACUCAAAAGGAUGGCUUCCAUGAUUGGAUGAUUAUUUUCACCCCACCGGCAGCUUACUGAUUGAUUUAUAUUGUCACUUGGCAAAUUCAUGUUUUCCUACAUAUUUUUGUGACAUCUGUGACACAGUACAUCGUUUGAGUGAUUGUUCGGACAUUUCCUUCAGCCUCAGGUCAGAGUGAAAUAUUCCCGUGUGUGAUUUUGCUCCGUUAUGGUAAGUAAUCGUGUCGAUUGUUUUUCUCGAGUGCAAAUGUGUGGUGUCUUGUUCAUAUGUUGUACAAUCACCUGUUGAAAAGUUCCAUUCCUUCCGUCAUUGCCUCUUCAUGUGAAGUACUGAAGUAAACAGCAGCUUAAUGGUUGUUUUCAAAUAUGUUGGUUAUGAUGGUCACCAAUAAAUC